GUCCGAAGCGGGAACUCGAGCGAGCCGAAACAAAAACGCUAGAAACACUUUUGUCUGGUUUCAUAAAUUUUUGUCUUCGGUUGCGUCUGUUUAUUUUUGCGCGUGCGGCCAGCGUAUUGUCCAUUUGGCAUUUAUUUCUGUGUGUUUAUACAAUAUCUCGAUUUCGAUUCCGAAUCCGAUUUCCCGAUUGCCGAUCCCCAUCCGAUUCCAGUUCCGAAUCUGACAACAGCUCCUGACAACAAUGCCCCAAGAAUGCUCGGCUUGGGCUUGGGUUCUCGCGCAGCGCUACGAUAAUGCCAUUGCCAUGUGUGUGUUUAGAUCUGUGUGCGGUUGGGUGUGUGUGUGGUCGGCGUGGUCUUGUUAACUUUGACAUGGUGUCGUGCAGCAGCACUGGGACAACCUUCACCAGACCCCCCCAUCAGCCAAAAAAAGAGCCAAACAAAAAAUCUGUUCAAAAACCGUCACCGACUCAGAAUCAGAAUGUUAAAGUAAAAAUGUGCAGCAUGACAUACAUACAUAGCUACACGGAAUAACUAAGUGAAUGCAUCUUGCACAUAUGUACUGUAUAAUAGUGUAUAUAAGGUACGAAGAUGAAAUGUGAAAUGAAAUAACAUUGGAGAAUUUCGCGAUUCGGCAUAAAAGAUUCAGACGAAGGCGACAAUGCAGACUACGACCACAUAGCAUAUACAUAUCUACAUACAUAUAUAUAUAUAUAUAUCUUAGUAUACGUUUUAUCUAAGCUAAUCACUGCCAUCAGUGCCAGCAUGCUCAUGUGCCUUCUUGUCUAAAUCUUCUUUAUACAAACUAACCCGCUCAAUGUUGAUCUUCGCCCAAGAGGCGGGUGCGUGAGUGCGCGUGCGGCGUCAACGGCAACGGCAACGGCAACGUUAACGGUCUGGAACGGAACGGAACUGUCGCAAUUCAAUUAGCAAAAUAAGCAAAGCAAAAUACAUAUAUACAUAUACAUACACAGUAUAUACUACUUACACAUACCCACAACGUGCGUGGGCAACGAACCUGAGCCCCGAUUUCGCGCGCAUUUUUACACGUGUUGCCCACCGAUCGAUAUCUAGCAGCUCUUCCGCAUCCACACCACACCACACCACAGCUCACCAUCACCAUGUCCAUGCCAAGUGCGCGCCAAGCAGAGACAGAGCCCGAGCGGUGCAUGGCAACGGAGGCGCAUCAGCUGCUGCACGGUGGCGAGGGCGCAGGCGCCCUGGACACCAACUGCAACGAUGACUUUGCGCAUGACUGUGGGAGCGCCACGCUACGAUCGACGACAUCGGGUCGCAGCAAUCAGACGAGUAGCACUACAAUCUGCGACUCACACGAAACGGAAACGGAGGCAGAGGCGGAGGCGGGUCCGGAGCAGGAGCAGUAUGAAGAUGCGAUCGAUGUGGAGGGCUGUCUGCGGGGAACACCUUCAGCGAACGACCUUGACGAUGCCGGUCUGCGGUACUCCUUCAAAGGCAUACCGCCGGAGCUCUACUCACCCAAGAAGGAUUUCAUUUACAAGCGGCCGCUGGUGGACAGACAGCUCGUGCUGAAGAAGAGGUGUGAAUGGUGGUUCUAUCGGUACAAGUGCAGCCAAAAGAUGUCCACACACUGGCGACAACACGCCUGCCUGUACGCCUGCCUGGCCACCUUCCUGGCCGCCAUACUAUUCAUAUUCUUUUACAACGGCCUGCCGAGCGGCCAGAAAGCCAGGCUGGAGCUGCCCAAGCGCAAUCAGUCGCCAGCACAGUCACCACCCGCAGUCACACCCACACUAUUCCCAGUCACGGAUCCGCCCACGGAUCGAUUCAGCAACGAAACAUUUGGGGCCAACGGCGACGCGGACGGCUUUGAGGACAUUGGCAGGGAGGAGCUCAGUGCCUAUGUCAUACCCAUCAAAGUCUACAACUAUAGUCUCAACGAAGACGAUUUGCUCUACGAAUCGAAGCGAAACAACGACAUAAAUAGUUUCCUUAAAGACACAUCGCCCGCAUUCAGUAUGACGGGCACGUUCCGCAGCAGGUCGCACCAGAUCUGGGAUCCACAUCCGGAGUACAAUCUGCAUGCAUUUGGCCGCGGGCUGCAUCUGGUGCUGCACCAGGACACCUCCUUCAUACCGCACAAUAUGAUACCGCUGAUUCGUAUACUCAGCAACCGCACCGAUGGCGCCGCGACGGACGAUGCCGACGACCAGGAACAGGACCAGGACCAGCAGCAUUAUUUGGGCUGCUACUACAAGGGCCACGUCGAAGGCGACGCCCACUCGGCGGUGGCCGUUUCGCUCUGCGGCGGCAUGACUGGUUAUAUCAAAACGAGUUUCGGCACACUGCUCAUUCAGCCGGUCAACCAGACCAGCAGCGACGAGGUCUUGCACCGCGUCUGGCGACACUCGCAGCGCAAUGCCAGACACGCUGUCUCCGAGCUCGAGCUGGGCCUGGACCCACUGGAGCCGCUGGAGCUCGAACUCGAGCGACAGCUGCGUGACAGCCAGCCGCGCAAGUUGAAGCGCCGCAAGCGCCACUACACGGACAUGGACAAUCAGCUGUACACGCUGGAGGUGCUGGUGGCCGUCGACUCGAGCAUGCUCAGUUUCCACAAGGACGAUCUGUCGCCGUACAUUCUGAUACUGCUGUCGAUUGUCUCGAAAAUCUUCGAGGAUGCCAGCAUCGGCAACUCGAUUCGCAUCUCGCUGGUCAACCUGAUACUGCUGCCCGACAGCAACGAACGACACAACUCCAGCAACGAGAUGCUCAAGCACUUUUGCACCUUUGCCAGACGCACACGAACCGGCACGACCAGUGCCAACCAGAAGGUCUACCACUACGACACGGCCAUGCUGAUAACGCGUGAGCCGAUCUGUGGCGGCAUUCCCGGAAAGAGCUGCCAUAUGCUGGGUCUGGCCGAGCUGGGCACCGUUUGCAAUCCCAGAUCGUGUUCGAUUGUCCAGGACACUGGACUGCCUGCUGCAUUUACCAUGGCCCACGAGCUGGGUCACAUCCUGAACAUGCCGCACGACGAUGACAAGCAGUGCCAGCCGUACAAUACUAAAUCUGGCAGCAACAAGGAAAUGCACAUCAUGUCCAGCGUUAUGGGCAUACACAUGCAUCCGUGGUCUUGGUCCAAGUGCUCUCAGCACUUUGUGUCCGAGUUCCUUGAGAAGACGGACAAGUCCUGUCUGGAGAACACACCCUCCUCGUACAUACCCAAUGAGACGAAGCGGCUGCCCGGUGAGAUUUACUCGCUGGACAACCAGUGCGAGCUGAUUUACGGCAACCAGAGCACCCAUUGCUCCAUGGAGGCGGAGUGCCAGCGGCUGUGGUGCAACCGGACGCACACGAAUCCGCACGACCAGUGCCGUUCCAGCAACCUGCCCUGGGCCGAUGGCACGCCCUGCAGCCAGAACCGCAACUGGUGCCAAAAGGGCAAGUGUGUGCCACGGAAGGGUGGCCUGUUGCGCCCGGUGAACGGCGGUUGGGGGCCCUGGACGGUGUUCACGCCCUGCAGCCUCACCUGCGGUGGUGGCGUGCAGGAGUCGCACCGCGACUGCAACGAUCCGGUGCCCGAUGACGGCGGCAAGUACUGUGUGGGCAGCCGCAAGAAGUAUCGCUCAUGCAACACGCAUCCCUGCCCCCUGGGCACACCGGAUCCGCGCGAGCAGCAGUGCUACGACAUGAACGGAAGAAACUUUAACAUUCAGGGCAUCAGUCCAGCCUCCAAGUGGAUACCCAAAUACGACAGGGAACCGUCCAAUCAGUGCAAACUCUUCUGCCGCGUCGACAACAGCAUCACGUUCUUCCAACUGAACAGACAGGUCGUGGAUGGCACCACCUGCACCGUGGACAGCUUCGACAAGUGCGUCAAUGGCAUCUGCCGGCCGGCGGGAUGCGACAAUGAGCUAAACUCGUUUGCCAAGCUGGACAAAUGCGGCGUUUGCGAGGGGCAAAGCGACACAUGCGAGGAAGUUACCGGAAAUCUGUACGUUUCCGACCUGCUCAAACUGAAAGACCCCACCAAGACCCUCUACUAUGUGACGACAAUACCAAAAGGUGCGUCAAAUAUCGUCAUCACACAGCCUGGCUAUCCCGAGCAGAACUACAUUGUGCUGAGCGAUGAGAGGCGUGCGCCAAUCCUCAACAGAGACGUGGUCAAGACAUAUUCGCUGAAAUUUGUUUAUGCCGGUGUUACGGUAGAGUACAACGGCUCCAACAGUACAGUGGAGCGUGUGAACACGACCUACUCAUGGAAGCUGUCGCGUGAUCUAGUUGUUGAGAUCAUUUCUAUAGACCUGAGUCCGGCCAAGAAGCACGACACAGUGCUGAUUUCGUACUCCUACACCAUUGACAAGCCGAUGAGCCCUGAGGCGGCGGCGGAGGUGGAGAUCUAUCGUUGGGAAAUGCAGGCAUGGAGCACCUGCGAUUCGCUCUGCGAGGGCAGAAUGUAUCGUCAGCCGGCCUGCGUUAGCACCACACAGGGACUGAAGGUGGCGCCGCAGUUCUGCGAUGCCACAGCCAGACCCAAGGUCGAGGAUCGCAGCUGCAACAUGGAAUGUCGGCUAACCCUUAAUGUGACCAGCAUAUCGGAGUGUUCGGCUGCCUGCGGGGAGUUGGGAACGCGCGAGAAGAACUUCAACUGCAUACAGACAUUCCCGGAUAUUCAGCGUUCGAAUAUUGUGGAUAUGUCUUAUUGUAAGCUCAAGUUUGAGGUCGAACGCCAUGAGAACUGCCGCGAGGGCUGCUGGAACUAUUCGGAAUGGACAGCGUGCUCCAAGUCGUGUGGCACAGGCACACAGCAGCGCGAAGUGCGUUGUUAUCUGGACAAUGCCCACGUCAGCGACGAUCUGUGCAGUCCUCGCACGAAGCAUCAGUACAAUGAGCUGCUCCAUUUCUGCAACACCGAGCCGUGUCCUGUCCGUACAGAGUCACCGAACGCCAUUUCGCUGAACAACUGGGUGACUGGAGAGUGGGGUGACUGCAAUGAUUGGUGCAAGAAGAGCCGCUCCGUGAGCUGUUCGAAUCCCUACCGCCUCGGUUGUGACCGCAACAGUAAGCCCAAGGAGGUGCGCAACUGCUGCCAGAUCAAAUACACCAGCGAGUGGAGUGAGUGUUCCGUGCAAUGUGGCGAGGGGCAGAAGCGGAAGCUGCAGCGUUGUACACGUGUGUACAAGCCUGAAGUGCCGGGUGCGCCCAAGCGUAAGGUGUACAUCAAUGACUCGUACUGUGUUAGCCGAAAGGUGCGGCGGCCAACGCUCCGCACAACCACAAAGACGUGCAAGAUCAACUGCAAGUGGAUUACCUCAAACUGGACGACUUGCCCGGCGGACUGCUCCGAGGAAUAUCAAACGCGCUACGUUCGCUGUGAGUCCUGGCAGGGCGACAGCAUAGAGGAGGGCCAUUGUGUGGCCAGAAAGCGCCCACCCAAGCGUCGCAUCUGCAACAACUGUGUGCGACGGCAGUCCAAGGUCAUCUCGGAGUGCAACUGCGAUGGCUACGAGACGCGUAAGGUCGUCUGCUACGACUCGCGAAUGAGUCGCAUAGCCUGUCCCACGAGGUCGAAGCCGCAGAAGCACAAGUGCCUGCCCCCGCCCAGCUGCAGGCGGCGCAGUGUCAGCAGCAGCCUCAGCAGCAGCGUAGCGAGUGUCCGCGGACCGCAGAGCUGCCUGGAUCUGCAGCGCAUGUAUGGCAUGUACAAGGAUGGCGAAUACACGCUGCUGGUGCGGCAGCAGCAGGUGCGCAUCUACUGCCAUCACAUGGACAGACGGACGCCGCGCGAAUACAUAAGCGUGGAGCCGCAGGAGAACUAUUCCAUUUACUACGAAUACAAGACCAAACUGAUGAACAGCUGUCCGCCCGACUCCCGGGCCCACGAGUACUACAACGACCAGAACUCUGGGCGCACGCACUUCAGCAAGCUGCGCCUGAACAUCACCGAUCUGCGAAUCAUCGAUAAUGAUUUCGAAUUUGCCGAGUCGCGGGGUCAACGGCAGAAACUCGGCUCCGCGGGCGACUGCUACAACCGCAACAUGCAGUGUCCGCAGGGAGAUUUCUCCAUUAAUCUGGAGCGUACGGGCUUUGCCAUGCGGCCCGGCACCGUUUGGAACACACAUGGCAACAGGGUGAUCAUGAAGCGCAGCAGUGGGUUUGACAGCGCGAAGCUGACGCGAAGAGCAUUCUGUGGUGGCUAUUGCGGCGGAUGUUUCAUUUCGCCAACGGCGGGACUUUACCUCGAUGUGCGAUGAUCCGAUGACAACUGAGCGGAUCUUGGCCAGUUCAAAGUAUGGGCCUAAGUAGAACCCAGCCGUUGCUUGGCGCUUGUGCAUUUAAACAGCUCGACUUCUUCUUCCACUGCCAAUCUGUCAGCAUCAAAUGCACCGAAUUUACAAGAACUUGAAAGUAUUAACCGGUUUUACGAAAUGGUUCGAAAACCCCAUUGAUCUGGCCAAGGUCCAAAAGUGAGUGGUAGUUUGUUUUUCCUUCCCAAAUCGGUAAUCGGGUCUUCGUCCCGGGAAGGACCACGAAGGUUAACCUUCAGAGCAAUGCCCUACCGUUCCAAAAACGAGAAGCUCGCACCUGCUGCUGCAAAAAGGUUCUGAGGGUUAACCCUAGCCAAGCAUUACCGAGCCAUCUACAACGAUAGAAUAGACCUCCCGUUUCAAACGGGGACAAGACGAGGCCACCACCACCCACUGACGAUCGUUAAAAGUUAAAAGUAUUCUCGAAUAUUAGUUAGGAGCCCGAACAAAGCGUUAACUGCAAUACAACCUACAUAUUUAUGGGAGCGUGCGUGUAAAUAUAUUAUUAAUUUGCUCGAAAUUAGUUAUACACAUUAUGGCCAUUUAAAGCAAUAAGAAUUGUACAAACAUACAUACAUAAAAACAUGCAUACAUACAUAUGUAUGUACAUCAAUACAUACCGGGGAAUAUGAGCGUAUGUAUAAUUUAUUCGAUAAGAUUGAAUUUACCAAAAUACAAUCCAUAAGUUGGACAUUAACCAAUAGAUAGUAUACAUAGAUACAUACAUAUACAUUUAACGCUUAUUUAUGCUUACAAUACUUGCAAUGCUGGUCUGUACAAUAAUUGUAUUUGUUAAGCUACGCAAUUAAUUAGUUAAGUAACCCAAAUCUACCAUAGAUAUAGUUAUAUAUACCUAGAGAUAUUAAUUGUGCUAGGUGCUAACGAAUAAUGGUAACUAAAACGAAAUACUCAUAUUUAUAUAGGACAAAACACCCAAGCCCAAACCCAAAACCCAAAAUCAAACCCAAUCCAACACAAGCCAAAACUAUUAUUCAUCGGACUAACACUGCUGAACGAACAGUUUCAAUAAAUAUUAAUCACUGCCAAAAACCUUAUACUUUAUAUCCGCAGAGUACUCGUAGCGUGCCAGGGAAUAGAUGCAGGCAAUAGGCAGAAUAGAACGAGAAAAGGCAUUUACGAUUCAACAGAGCAAAGGUACACUAGAAGCAUCCAUCUAGCCAUGUCAGUCCGUCUGAGUGCUCUCUCAAGCAUUGAUUUAUUUCGCUGCUCCUUGAUUCUGCUUCUCUUGUCAUCUGCUGCUCCUUGUGAUAGGGUUUCAUAUUUUUCAAAUUGAAAUUGAAAUCACUUGUACAUUGUGACAGACAAACAAAUCUGACUAGCGGGUAAAUCAUUCUUACUUGUUAGUGUUGAAUUCAUUGAAU